CCACCGUUACCCGACGCGACCGCUUCCCACCCCGCCGAGGCCGAGGCGCGAGGCGCCGCCACCGGCGAUGCACGCGGCAGUCGCCUACCGCUGCGCGGCCGGCCACCGUUGCGCCGAUGCGAGCCGUCCGUCGCCCUUGCGAGCGCGGGCGUCCUCCCUCUUCCCCGGCCGCGUCCGCCUUUUCUCUGGUAAACCCCGAGGCCCCAGGUUUUACUCUGUACCUGCUGAUCGGCCACCAUUGCGUCGAUUGAUUGCCCGUUGCGGUAUCGAUGCGGGAGUAGGCGAAACGGCGGCUGCGGCGACCCUCUGCGUAGGAUUCCUGCCUCAGUCUCGUACCGACAGCGGCGGCGGAAGCGGUUUCGCGCAACUUGAGGCCCCGGAUGGGGAGGCAUCGCGGCUGCCGUGCGCUCUUCGGCGAAUCAUUCCUGGCCGCCAGAAUUUGUCACUGCAGAAAAUGGUACGUCUGGACCUUCUGAAAGCUUCUGUAUUUUCAGCCAUGUCAAUACUCGCCCUGCCUCUUGAUGCAUCAGCAGAGACGUGCCAACCAGCAAAUUCUUUUGCCAAUAUGCCCAUUUUCAUUGCUGUGGCACUAAUAGGAGCAGCUGUUGGUGGAUUUCUAGCACGGCAAAGAAAGGAGGAAUUGAAGCGGCUGAAUAAUCAACUUCGCCAGAUUAACACAGCACUUAGAAGGCAGGCACAGAUUGAGUCAUUUGCUCCUGGCCUCACUUACGCGCCUGUUGGGAGAACAACAGAAACUGAUGUUAUUGUUGAUCCAAGGAAGCAGCAAUUGACCACAAACCUGAGAAAUGGGAAGAAUUGCCUGAGGAAUCAAGAUCUUGAUAAGGCAGUACUGGAGUUCAGGACAGCUCUGGAGCUUGCCGAAAGCAUCGGAGAUCAUUUUGAGGAGAAGAAAGCUGCACGAGGACUAGGUGCGUCGCUACAGCGGAUGGGAAAAUACAGAGAAGCAAUGAGACACUACUCUAAAGUCCUGGAGCUGUCCAAGGAGACAGGCGAGGACUCUGGCUGCACCGAGGCUUAUGGCGCCAUAGCCGACUGCUACGCCGAGCUCGGCGAUCUGGAGCGGGCAGCGAAGGUUUAUGACAAGUACAUAUCGAGGCUGCAGCCUGGCGGCGAUUAAGCACUGGCUCCCUCCAGAUGAGACGUUGAGUUCCUUUCUGUUGGUUUGAUUUUGCUCAGUGGAAGGCGCCAAAUUUCUUGGUCUUUUCAACUUUGUUGGAGCGCUUGAAUCGCUCUGGGAACGCUUUAAGUCAUGUACAUUGCAUAGUUGAUGUACUGUUCAUCUACCUCGCAGAUGAAGAUCAUCAUAUCCCUUGCGUGUCCUGACGCAUCUUGAUUCA